AUGGAGGCGUCGGGCCCCCGCCGGGCGCGUCGGGGCAGGCGGCGGGCCCGUGCUGGCUGCCUGCUCUUCUGGGCCGCCAUCCUCCUCCUUCUCUCCGCCUCAGUGGCUCCGGCGCCCGGGGGCUCAGUUGCAUAUUUGGUUCGGUUACCAAGAGGUUUUCAUUUGACAAAAGAACCAACGAAAAUAGUGGGAUCACCAAAUUUUCCAGUAAACGUAUAUGUUAUGGUUCACCAAAAGAGUCCACAUGUGUUAUGUACAACUCAACGAUUGCGGAAUUCUGAAUUGAUAGAUCCAUCAUUCCAGUGGCAUGGGCCAAAAGGAAGAAUUAUUUCAGAAAACAGCACGGUACAAGUAACAAACACAGGAAGCCUUAUAUUCCAGAACUUUGAGGAGAGUAUGACUGGAAUUUACACAUGUUUCCUUGAGUAUAAACCCACUGUGGAAGAAGUUGUUAAAAAUUUUCAACUAAAAUAUGUUGUAUAUGCCUAUCGUGAACCUCGUUACUAUUACCAGUUCACAGCUCGAUAUCAUGCAGCUCCCUGUAAUAGUAUUUAUAAUAUUUCUUUUGAGAAGAAACUUCUCCAGAUUUUAAGCAAAUUGGUCCUUGAUCUGUCAUGUGAAGUUUCCCUACUUAAGUCUGAAUGCCAUCGUGUUAAAAUGCAAAGGGCUGGUUUGCAAAAUGAAUUGUUUUUUACAUUUUCAGUUUCAUCUCUAGAAAAUGCAAAAGGAUCCAAGCCAUGUAAAGACCAUAACUGUGAACCAACCAAAAGACUGACUAAGGCUAAAACAAUCAUAGAGAGGUUUUUUAAUCAACAAGUAGAAGUUCUCGGCAGACGUGCAGAGCCAUUGCCAGAAAUAUACUAUAUUGAAGGUACUCUCCAAAUGGUUUGGAUUAAUCGCUGUUUUCCAGGGUAUGGAAUGAAUAUCAUGAAACAUCCAAAAUGUCCUGAGUGCUGUGUGAUCUGCAGCCCUGGAUCUUAUAAUCCCCGUGAUGGACUUCACUGUCUUCAGUGCAAUAACAGCUUGGCGUUUGGAGCAAAAACAUGCUUAUAG